GAAAUAAUAUGCUAAUCGGGAAACGUUUGUCGUCUGCUGCUUUGUUCGAUUUUGCAUUUCUCGGUGCCCCUGUUUUGUGGAGCAUGUUUAAAACAGAAACUAGUUGAAAUAAAAGUAAUUUAAAUGUUGGCAGUCUUGAAAUCAACGAGAUGCCUCUACCAACCGUCUUUCAUGUCAAAUUUUAAAUACCAGAGAAGAUGCUCAACAACAACACACCGAUCAACCAUUUUUGCGUUAUCGUCAGGUUUAAGUAAAAGUGCAAUUGCUGUGAUUCGAGUAUCUGGGCCCAAAAGUCUGGAUGUUAUCCACAGAAUGACGAGGAGAAAAAAGGACAGUGUUAUUCCACGAAAAGCAUUACUCUGCAGAAUAGUGGAUCCCAAAAAUGAGGAGAUGUUGGACAAUGGACUUGUUUUAUGGUUUCCCCAGCCACACAGCUUUACAGGUGAAAAUUCUGUAGAGCUGCACGUGCACGGUGGUGUUGCUGUGGUUUCAUCUGUAAUUAAUGCUCUCCAUAAACUCCCUGGGUUUCGAUUAGCUGAGGCAGGGGAGUUCACAAAGAGGGCAUACCUAGCAGGAAAACUUGACGCAACAGAAGUGGAAGGGUUGGCAGAUUUGCUACGAGCUGAAACUGAAACUCAGAGGCGUCAAGCCAUCAGGCAGGCCACAGGAGAGCUGGCAGGAUUGUACAAUUUGUGGAGGACUCGAGUCCUCACUUGCAUGGCCCACUUGGAGGCUUUUAUUGACUUUGGAGAAGAUCAAGAUAUAGGAGAGGAAGUACUAGGCACAUUGAGGAAUUCAGUUCAGUCUUUAAAGGCCGAGGUCGACAGCCAUUUAAACGACAACAGAAGGGGAGAGAGACUACGCAGUGGCGUAAAAGUGGCAAUCAUUGGCGAACCCAAUGCUGGAAAGUCAUCAUUAAUCAACAUACUAGGUCGUAGGAACGUUGCCAUCGUUUCUCCUCACGCCGGAACAACACGGGACGUUUUGGAAAUUUCACUAGACAUUGGGGGAUUCCCCGUUGUCUUAUGCGACACGGCCGGUUUGAGACAUUCCGUUGAUCCGGUUGAAAAUGAGGGACUCAGACGAGCUAGAGAAGCAGCUGCCACUGCCGAUUUGGUGAUUAUUGUCAUGGAUGCUUCUAGAGGACCCGAAAGUCUGUGGCAACAGCCCGUAAAAGACUUGAUCCGCCACGAGUGCGAACGUCUCAACUUAUCAUUCAAUGCUGAAAACAACUACCUCGUUUUAUUAAAUAAACUCGAUCUCGUCUCACCAAACGUAAACCGUCCGCCGGAAUUGUCAGCCAUUUCGUGCAAAACCGAAAAAGGUUUGGGAGAAUUUCUGGUCCACCUGGAGGGCAAACUAGCGGAAUUGUGCGCCAAUCCGUUGCAGGAAUCCCCGCUGAUCACCAGUUCCAGGCAACGCCAUCACGUUCAGUUGGCCUCGGGACAUUUGGAGAAGUUUCUCGACAUCGUGGAGCAUCAAGGCGACCUGGCCCUGGCCGGCGAGUACCUUCGCCGAUCGGCCAAUCAACUGGGCUCCAUCACGGCCCGUGGCAAAAUCGACACGGAAGAAAUGCUCGACGUCCUAUUCCGAUCCUUUUGUAUAGGAAAGUAGCUGCACUGGCAAAUAAAAUAGGUAAUACCUCGUAAGCCAAUCCAAAUUCAUUUGAAAGAUUUCAAAAGAAUAUGGAAGCCCUUGAAAGACGAUCUCGCCCAUACAUUCCGUCUCUGGUCUGCCGGACGACUCCGAUUUCCCAUAGAGUUAGCUAGGCGAUAUCAAAACAAAUUUACGACCCAGCCGUUUUGAAAUGCCAUUCCACCGUUUUGUGCGUACGUGUCGCAACAUGUUGGAAAUGCGACACGCCAGGAAUGGAAUCGGAUGUGUUUGUAUCCUUGCAGCAGCAUCUCACCUUGGGAUGUUUAUCGCCUUGGCAGGAACAAGUCACUUUCUAAAUCGAAUAGUAAACAAGCGAACAUGGGAAUCUGACAAGCGCUCGGUUACAUCACGAUAGCAACAUUUAGUAACGUCGUCUACGUUUACCAUAAACAAAGUUGACUGACCCGACAUGUACACUUAUCGAUUUCCCUCCUGCUUAUUAAGCUAGCUGCGAUACUCUGUGUGUGGCUCACUAUCCGUCAUCCCCCUUUUUAUGGCCACGACCGUCUGUUAUAAUGCAGUCGUCAUCGGGAAAAAGCAGCUCUCGCAAUCUCGUCUUACAACUCGCGACGACACACACACAAUAGCGCCGUGAUUGCACUUUGCGAGAUGGAUCGCCAUCAAUGGAUCUGCCCCGUUUUUUCCCCAAUCGUGUAACGAUAGCGCUCCGCCAACUCUCAAAAGCUUCGGCGAAAAUUAUACAAUUCCAUCAUUCUGAAAAGGUUGCGCAUUUCGUCGCAGAUUAUGGAACUCCCCCGUUGGAGCUCGACCAAUGAGGUGCUGCUCUUGAUGUCAAAGGAAGUUGAAUGGUUGUUCAGCUUUCAGUCGUUAAUGCCAUUUCCAGACGCUCUAUAUAGAUGGCACACUAAGAAGAAGAAGAAGAAGCCCUUUUGGUCUCACGAAAGUUGUGGGUCCCGAUAAAUCGAUAGACCAAAGUCAACUCGUCAAUAAUUACACGAGCUCGACUUACAUAACAUUUUGUUUGUGUUUUGGGUUUCCUUUUAUUCUCUCUCCUCCUGAUUUUUUCCCUUUUUUUUCUUUGCCAAUCGCUCCAGAUUUGCCCCGGGAGAAAACAAAGCGUUAUCACGCGGGAGUGGUGUAGUACCGAAGCCUGCGUGUGUGUUCCGGCGCUAUGCCAACGACGCCCACCCUAAAAUCGUCUGUAUUGAGAGCGGCAGACAUCUUUAGCUGCUGCUAGCUGUAUCGAAUCGGCUCCUGCGGUUCGAGUGUAGACAAGAACGAUGACGUCACAGCGCAGGCGCGUGAAUCAUCGAUAUCCACCCGACGUGAUUUUUCUCUUUUUCCAUCUUACGCAGUCAAAAGAGGAACUGGCAGGAAAUUGCUUUCUAUCCCGUGAUCAGUAUCACAUCAUUUCACCGCUCCGUCGGCCGACCAUCACACGGAAGAGAGACCGAAAAUGGAAGAUGACGCCAAUGCCGGAGAUGCGUGGGUCUGUCCUAACGACCGCCAAUUAGCCCUGAGAGCCAAAUUACAUUUCGGGUGGUCGUCGGCUAAAUCGAAACGGAUCGAUAGCAACGCAACGACGGCGACCAAUUGCUGGCCGCCCCAGCAGCAGCAGUCGACUGGGCGCCCGGCUGGAAGCACUUCAACCAUCGAACCGCUAACUCAAGAGGAACAGGAAAGGGUCUUUCAAGUCAUCCAAAGGGCCGAAGAGGUUAGCGAGAACGAGCAGCUUAGAGUCGGCAAACUUGUUGAUCGUGUCCGAAACAUCCAGAAGAACGCUGUUGGCGGAGACGGGGCCAACCAGUGCGUUCUCUGCGGUGAUUACGCCAGCGUGUUCCUCUCCUGGUCUUUGACUUCAGCCCGCCAUGUCACUUGCAAAGAUUGUCUAAAGGCGGUGUGCCAGAAAUGUUCGGUGGACACCUCGGUCAAUCCUCGGGAACCCACUUACCUCUGCAAGUUGUGCUCGGAGCGCCGUGAAACGUGGAAGAAAUCCGGCGCCUGGUUCUACAAAAUCACAUGAGAAGUUUACAUUUUUGGACAGUCUCUCUCUCACACAUACGUAACAACUUUUUAAAAUUACAAUAUUCAUAUCAAAAUCACUUGUUGUAACCAUUCCAUACGAUUUGCCUGAAUAGCGCAAUGUCAUUCUAUUCCAUCAAGAAAUUCAUGCAAAUCAUUUUUUCCAUUUUCAAGAAAAAUAACAUCAAUGUUAGUCUAGUAUUUACAUCCGGGACUCUGCUGUACAAGCGCAUGUGAAAAAUGUAAUGGAUGAUGUGUAUAAUCGUGCAAUUAUGCAAGCAAAAUAGAAGAUAUUAUACACGUU